AUGAGUUGGACGCUUUCUAUUGGCGUGGCUGUGGCCCUGCUGGCUGUCUGCGGAGGACAAAACACUGUGAAUGAAGAAAAUAACCUGUCUCCAUCUGGCUACCACCUAUGUACUCACAAUGAAACGAGGACUGUGAGUUUCCUGGAGGUGCACGAGGUUCCCUAUUCAGUGUCAAAGCCUUGUGGUGGUUGGCUCCUCUGGAAGAUGUGCGCCGUCACAAUUUACAGGAUGAUCCAUCAAACUAAGUACAAGACAGUGACAGAUCAGGUGAUCGGAUGCUGCCACGGCUAUGUGCAAGUUGGUCGUUACUGUGCUCUGCCUGUAAACAGGAGUGGUGAGUUUAGUUCCAAGCCAGGAUCCUGUCCAACUGCAGAUGGAUUGCGUCCCAGUGCUGAGGACUGUGAGUUGGAUAUAGACUGUCCAGGCUUGCAGAAAUGCUGCCAGAGAUCUGGUCACUCUUUCUGCAGUGAUCCUGCAACAAAUUAUUCUGAGAAUGGAGGAAACCGUUUGAAUGCAACCGUGACAGUGAAGAUAGACUACCAGCAAAUGAUGUCCAAGAAUGAAGGGCUUUUGAAUCAUACACGGUUGCUGCAAGCAAUGGUGACCGGAGCCCUGCAGUCUGAGGUUUCCGUCUAUUAUCUCAGCACACAGCCUGUGUGUCCCUACAGAACUGCCACCUCUCUGCUGAUUGACUGCAGCUUUACUCUUUCUUUGUUCAAUGUCACAUCAAAGCUGCAUCUCCUUCUCAAACGCAUAGAGGAAGCGUCCUCGAUAACGGUGCAAGAUGUAGAUGAGUGUGCGCACUCUGCUCUUCAUCAGUGCUCACUUCAGGCAGACUGUAACAACACAGUGGGGUCUUAUCAGUGUGCCUGCCGCCAAGGAUACGUUGAUGUUGACCCGAGCAACCCUGGAGCCCACUGUUCAGCUGACUUUGGGGUGUCGACCACCAUGGAGCCCACGCUGCCCAACCUUCCACUGACGAACUCAGCCUAUCCCCCUGCUUCCAACAGCACACACGGCCCUCAUGGCAACAACACAACAGACUUCUUCAAUCCCUCCGAGACCAGCAUGACUACAGCUCCGAGUAAUACAACCUCUGUCCCUUAUAAUUCAUCACCAGCUUCGCUGUGGACAAAUUCUGCAUCUUAUGGCCAAGUUAACUCAACUGUGGAGUCACCUCUUCCAGUGACCACAUGCUCUCCUCCCAGCAUCAGCAGCUUAUGGUCUGCUAACGUCACUGGAACCUCCUUCUCUGUCAGCUGGUCCGGCUGGUCUCAGAUAAACCAGACUUAUGUAGUUGUUCUAAGCAUGAGUUCAGAGGUCAUUCAGAUUCAAGAAACCAGUGAUACCAUGAUAGAGGUGAGCGAACUGAAUCCUGGACUACUCUACAAGGUUGCUGUUACACCUUGUGCCUGCGGAAACCAAGGAGUCACCCUUCAUAUAGCAGUAAAAACUGAUGCUCAGACUCUUCAGGCCACAGCACGGCUUACUAACAUCAACUUCACUGCUGACCUCCAGAACACCAGCAGUCAGGCCUACCAAAACCUCAGUGAGAGUAUUAUACAGGAGAUCUACCAGUCUCUGUCUCCAGAGAUGAGAGCCAUGGUGGAUUCAGGCCAGGUGGAGAUCGAGAUCAGAAGCUUUUCCCCGGGGAGCGUGGUGGUUGACUUCAGCAUAGUUUUUAUCCCAAGUCAAAAUCAAUCCAUAAGUAAUGUGUCCACAGCAGUUCUGCACUCCCUGAUGAACAGUGUUAAAUACACAGUAGAUAAAAACAACACAAGCAUAAACGAUAUUAAUGAAUGCGCUUCAGGGGAAAAUGACUGUUCUCAGUGGGCUACAUGUAAUAACACUUGGGGCUCCUAUACAUGUGUUUGUCUGGUUGGAUUCACUGACAACAACCCAGAAAGACCUGGACGAGCCUGUCAAGUUGCUACCUUUGAAACAGUGACACCAGCCCUGACUACAGGAAUAACAGCCUCAACCACUGAGCCAACUGUAACCACUGCAACUGCUGCUCCAGAAAUAACAACAGAUAAUACAUCAAAAGGUCAAACGAGUUCCACAACAGUCUCAUCCACUGCUCAAGCUACUACCACCACUACCCCAGUAACCUCCACUCCCCCUACAGCUACCCCUGCAAUCACCACUACUGCCCCAAGAACUACAACCAACUCAUUAAGUAUUACUACUACCACCAACGACUCUAUUUUAGGAGACUUCUCAGUCCAUUGCAGAGUUGCUGCCAUCACUGUGACAAUCACUAAGAAUUUUCUUCUGAGUUCCAAGAUCCAGGAGAGUGCCCUUUACUUGGGGAAGUUGGGCUGUGGCAUCAAUGGUGGCAAUGACACCCAUGUCGAGCUGACUGUGGCGUGGGAUGAGUGUGACACUAAACUUGUGCACAAUGAAACCCACUACAUAGCAUCUGUAAGUCUAUUUAACACCAUGGAUCCAUACGUCUCACCAAGUGGAGCAGAGGAGGUGCCCUCAAAACAGCUGAAAGUCCCGAUCAUGUGUGCCUACAUGAAGAGCAUGCUUAUUUCUGCAGACUUCAGCGUCAUGGGGAACGAAAUGAUUGAUGAACUCAUCAUGGGUUCAUGGUCACCCCAGGUGACCAUGCAGCUGAUGAACGGCACAGUUCCUCUGCCUCACAACUACAGCCUGUCCCAUCAGCAGCCUGUGGUAGUGGAGGUCAGACUCAACACCUCCUCAGACCAGAUUAAACUAAUCAUCAACAAGUGCUGGGCCACUCCCACCGAAAACCCUGCAGACACCUCCAGCUAUGUCUUCCUGAUGAACAGCUGCUCCCUCAACACACACACCAAAGUGCUGACGAACGGUAACUCCAGCACAUCCCGUCUGUCCGUGCAGAUCUUCUCCUUUGUCAGCCUGACUGUGAUCUACCUGCACUGCGAAAUCCAGAUCUGCCUGCCGACUAAAUCGUAUACCUGUGUGCCUGACUGUCUCCAAAGAUCAACUCGAUCUGCAAAUGCAGUUGGAAUAGGGUUCCGUUCAGUUGGGCCUCUAAUGAGUUCAGAGGAAGGUCUCUUGGAUGCGAAAUUGAGCACUCUACAUGUAGUUGGAUUUUCCUUUCUUGGAAUCGGCCUGUCACUCUUCUUCAUCGGUUCCCUCGCCUGCCUCCUCUACUGCCAGAGGAAUCGCAUCGGACACUACAAUUUUAACGUCAAACCCAAGGAAGAGAACUUCACCUACCUUGUCUUUAACACCUAGGGACAGCCAGUCACAGAAUUAGAAAUUAGAACUGCUUUUGCUGCAGCAGAUAACUUUGCUAGGCUUUU